GCCUGCCUUAGUGGUGUUAACCAGAACACAGCAGGAAGUCAGAGCCUCCCUCUGAGCUCCACCCUCGCUCCCUCCAGCACCAAGCUGCCGCCAGCAUCUCCCAGAGACCCUGGCAGCCCCAGAUCCUGGUGUUCCCACGGCCAGGACAGCACGCAGCUGGCAGGUGGCUCCUGCAGGUGAUUCGGGAAGAAAGCAAGCUGGGCAGAGGGGCAGGGCCGGAGCUCAAAGAAGGAGACAGCUCGGUAGCCUGACAAGGAGCUGUCCCAAUGCCUCUGCUGUCCCUGGGGAAAUGGUCAUGCAGCCAGGAAUCUCCAGCCACCAGCCUGCGGAGGCCAUGUCGGACUAUGAGAAUGAGGACGAGUGCUGGAAUGCCCUGGAGGGCUUCCGGGUCAAGCUCAUCUCUGUCAUCGACCCUGCCCGCAUCACGCCCUACCUGCGCCAGUGCAAGGUUCUGAACCCUGAUGACGAGGAGCAGGUGCUCAGUGACCCCAACCUUGUCAUCCGCAAGCGGAAAGUGGGCGUGCUCCUGGACAUCCUGCAGAGGACAGGUCACAAGGGCUACGUGGCCUUCCUCGAGAGCCUGGAGCUUUACUACCCACAGCUAUAUAGGAAAGUCACCGGCAAGGAACCAGCUCGUGUCUUCUCCAUGAUCAUUGACGCAUCUGGGGAGUCUGGCCUGACACAGCUGCUGAUGACGGAGGUCAUGAAACUACAGAAGAAGGUGCAGGACUUGACUGCGCUGCUGAGCUCCAAGGACGACUUCAUCAAGGAGCUGCGGGUGAAGGACAGCCUACUGCGCACACACCAGGAGCGGGUGCAGCGGCUCAAGGAGCAGUGCGAGGCUGGCGGCCGCGAGCUUAAGCGCUGCAAGGAGGAGAACUACGACCUGGCCCUUCGCCUGGCGCGCCUCAGCGAGGAGAAGGGCACAGCACUCAUGCGGAGCCGCGACCUGCAGCUGGAGGUGGACCGACUCAGGCACAGCCUCAUGAAGGCGGAGGACGACUGCAAGGUGGAGCGCAAACACACGCUGAAGCUCAGGCACGCCAUGGAGCAGCGGCCCAGCCAGGAGCUGCUGUGGGAGCUGCAGCAGGAGAAGGCCCUGCUGCAGGCCCGUGUGCAGGAGCUGGAGGCCUCCGUGCAGGAGGGGAAGCUGGACAGGAACAGCCCCUACAUCCAGGUGCUGGAGGAGGACUGGCGCCAGGCACUGCGGGACCACCAGGAGCAGGCCAACACCAUAUUCUCCCUGCGCAAGGACCUCCGCCAGGGCGAGGCCCUCCGCAACCGGUGCAUGGAGGAGAGGGAGAUGUUCGAGCUGCAGUGCCUGGCUCUGCGCAAGGACUCCAAAAUGUACAAGGACCGCAUCGAGGCUGUCCUGCAGCAGAUGGAGGAGGUGGCCAUCGAGCGGGACCAGGCCAUGGCCUCCCGGGAGGAACUGCACACGCAGUGUGCCCGGAGCCUCCAGGAGAAGGAUGAACUGCGCAAGCGGGUCCGGGAGCUGAGUGAGAAGGCGGAUGAGCUGCAGCUGCAGCUGUUCCAGUGCGAGAGCCGGCUGCUGGCCGCGGAGGGCAGGCUCAAGCAGCAGCAGCUGCAGGACACACUCACCCUGAGCUCUGAUCUGGAGGACAGCUCCCCCAGGAACUCCCAGGAGCUCUCACUGCCCCUGGAUGUGGAGGAGGAUGCCCAGCUCUCGGACAGAGAUCCUGGGAGAGUCAGAGGGGUCCAGCAGCCUGGAAUGUUCUGCUUCCAACUGCUGCAGUAUCCCAGCCACACCUCUGGAGGCCCUGGGCCCUCCUCUUGAGGUUGCCCCUGCCCACUCCUGAGAGUCACCAUGCCUGAAAAUGCUACCCAGCAACUGGGAACACAGCACAGCCUGACGGGGCUUGGGGCCACCUGGGAAAAGUGUCCUGGAACCUUGGGGUCCUUGUUUGUCUGUUUGUCGUUGGUCUUUGGGGGCAGCCAGCUCAGGAGGAAUGGACGGUUGAUGGAAGGAGUUGUGGGACUCUCUAGGACCAGCAGCUUCUGCCUGCCUCAGAAGGCUUCUCCUGGGAGUGAGGGGAGGCCAGGCUAGGGGUCUGGGCCAGUUUCCUUGCCUGGCAAUGGAGAGACUAACUGGCCAUGUGAGAACCCAGGAGAUCUUGCACUGGGCAGCCGGAGGGGGAGGG